UAGGCAACCAGUUCAUCGCAGCUCAGCCUCCGAGGGUCUCUGUGAGCAGUCGCAAUUGUGGCCGACCAAAACAUUCAACGAGUUACGCUCGAUUCCAGAGAUUACUCGCAGCUCAGUGAAAAUGUAUCACUUACUUUUCAAGUAUUCCGUAAAUUUUUCUAAGUCUGUUGCAGGUGUCUAUUGGCAGUUGGCCAGCUCACAUUGCGCUCCUUAGCCAGCAAGACAAGAACAAAGCGAUUCAAAGAUGUACAGUAUGAACCUGGUUGCUGGGCACUCUUCGUUAACAAGGCCUGCGGUUCGCCACCAUUGCUCUACAAACUGGGCUUAACAGCCGUUCCCGGUAUUAUUUCGGUCGGCCAGCCAGCCGCCCUUACUGCGUCCCUCCCUGUUGUUAGGGUGAUGCCGAUUGCCCCGAGUUUGUCUGUUUUCUUACAGCUCAAAUGGCCGUUCGCUGGUUAUGCAGCCUCUUCGGGAAGCCCUUUGACGGUGGCAAGAGGAUGGAAGUGAACAACCAGCACCCUUCCAUGGCACGUCUCCUCGAGCUGCAGAACCAGGUGUCCUCGCUGGGCCAGCAGGUGUGCGCCUUCAGCGGGCUGCAGAGUGACCGCGAGUAUCGGCGCCUGGAGCGCGAGCUGAGCCGCCUACAGGUGGAGGUGGACCAGGUGGAGACGGAGGGCCGUGCCCAGCUGCAGCAGGCGCGUAAGCGGGCGGCCCAGGAGGUCGAGGGGCUGCUGCGGCUCCUGGAAGAGAACGCAACGCACCCUUCGCGUCUGGCCAUCGAGGAGCUGAGUCAGGAGGCCCAGCGGCUGGUGGACGAGGGCGUGGUGGCGCCCCAGCGGGCCGGCGCCGCCGAGAUCAGCGACGAGCUCGUGGACGCCCUCCAGGAGCUCGUGCUGCGGCUCACCCAGGUGAAGACGGGGGGCCGCGUGUCCCUGCGCAAGGCCCGUUACCGGGCGCUGACCCGCCUCUGCGCCGUACAGGAGGUGGUGGAAGGCCGCACGCGCCAGCAGACGCUGCCUCUAUCGGAGGACACCCACGCCGCCGUGCAGCACAUCAACCAGGUGAUGGUGCAGGUGAGCAACGCCCGCAGCCAGUUGGUGGCGCUGCUCAUGGGCCUCAGCGGGCGCGACAGCUGCGCCCACCUGUCCCGCGUCCUCACCGAGAUGCUGGUGGAGCUGGACGCCCUGGAUGUUUCGGACAACGCGGCAGUGCGCAACUACCGCAAGCAGGUCGUGGAGGAGAUCAACGGGCUGCUCAAGCACCUGGACCUGGAGGGCGAAGGGGAUGACACGCACAGGUACGACCUGGCUCAGAACGACUCCAUCCGGCAGAUCGAGGCCGUGCGAGGCCGUGUCUUCCAGCUGCAGGCCGAGGUGCUGAGGCAGAGCCAGACCGGCGAGCUCGCUUUCCGGCCCAAGGCGGAGCUGCAGGGCCUCCUCACCCACCUGGACGAGGUGGACACCGCUCGCAACCCCUGCAUCCGCGAGGCUCGCCGGCGCGCCGUCCUCGAGGUACAGGCCGUCAUCACGUUCCUGGACCUGUGGGAGGCGCUGGCGAGGCGGCUGCCCGGCUCCGAGGAGCACCCCUCGCACCGGGCCGUGUGGCAGGUGCUGGCCAGCCUGUCGGAGCUGCAGGCCCAGGUGCUGGGCUUUGAUGGCAAGCGGGCCGACAAGAGCUACAUGAUGUUGGAGGAGCUGCUCACUAAACAGCUGCUGACCCUGGACGCUGUGGACACCCAGGGCGACGAAAGCACCAAAGUGGCCCGCAAGCAGGCGGUCAAGAUCGCCCAGAACAUCCUCAGUUAUCUUGACAUGAAAACAGAUGAGUGGGAGUACUGACCCAUCUGAGCCCCCCCCACCCCCCAAACCCUCCACCCC